AUGAAAAACCACACAGUACCCACAGAAUUCAUUCUUCUAGGGCUGUCAGAUGAUCCAGAGCUUCAGAUUGUGAUUUUUCUCUUUUUGAUUAUCAUGUAUAUAUUAAGCAUCACUGGAAACUUGACCAUCAUCACUCUCACCUUGGUGGACUCCCAUCUACAGACUCCUAUGUAUUUCUUCCUCAGGAACUUCUCUGUAUUAGAAGUAACCUUUACAACUGUCUGUAUCCCUAGAUUUCUGGGCACAAUUAUCACCAGGGACAAAACUAUUUCCUACAAUAAUUGUACAGCUCAGUUGUUUUUCUUCAUCUUCAUGGGUAUAACCGAAUUUUACCUUCUAACUGCUAUGUCCUACGAUCGUUACGUAGCCAUCUGCAAACCCCUGCACUACACAACCAUCAUGAACAAGAGAGUCUGCAUAUUGCUUAUCUUUUGUGCUUGGUUGGCAGGAUUCUUAAAUAUCUUCCCACCAGUUAUUCUUUUUCUCCAGUUAGAUUACUGUGGCUCCAAUGUCAUUGAUCACUUUGCCUGUGACUACUUCCCCCUAUUACAAUUAUCUUGCUCAGACACAUGGCUCCUAGAAGUGAUUGGCUUUUACUCUGCAGUAGUGAUUCUGCUUUUCACUUUGGCAUUAAUCAUUCUAUCCUACAUGUUCAUCAUUAGGACAAUUUUGAAACUUCCUUCUGCUAGUCAGAGAAAAAAGGCAUUUUCUACAUGUUCCUCUCACAUGAUUGUCAUUUCCAUUUCUUAUGGAAGCUGCAUAUUCAUGUAUGCUAAUCCCUCUGCAAAAGAAAAAGCAUCCUUGACCAAAGGAGUAGCUAUUCUUAAUACUUCUGUUGCUCCUAUGAUGAAUCCAUUUAUAUACACCCUGCGAAACCAGCAAGUAAAGCAAGCCUUUAAGGACACCAUGCAAAAGGUUACGUUUUCUUCUAGUAAAUGA